AACGUAAAAAUAUUUCUUGCACAAUAUGAUUAUCCUAUGUCACCGUUCUUCAUUUCAAACAAAAAGAAUAAUAAUGACUUAGCUCAUAUUAAAUUAUUAAAUAUUUCUCCGGAAACCUUUCAAAUUAUUUUGAGAUAUCUUUAUGGUGGCAUUUUUUCGUUAAAUGGACAAGAUACUUUAGAUAUUUUUAAAGUUUUGAUUGCUGCUGAUGAACUUCUACUUGAUGAAUUAGUUGAUUAUUUUACAAAAGGAUGUUUGCAAAUGAAAGAAAUUAAAGUAUGGGAACAUGUGUUAAAAUGGGGACUUGUACAAAAUCAAACUUUAAUUUCAGAUCCUGAUACUUGGAUAGAUGAAAUCUUUAAAAUGAUGGGAAAUAAUUUACAAAAUUGUAUACCUUUAAUUAGAUUUUUUAGUUUAUCAUCUAAAGAAUUUUUGCACGAAGUGAGUCUACACAAUAAAAUUUUUGAACCAUCAGCUUUAUAA